UUCAAAAUAGAACCCAAAUUUUUAAAAAAAAAAAAAAAUGGAGACAACAACAAUAUCCACCUCCAAAGCCAAGCUUCCUCCACCACCACACCCACAACCACAACCACAACCACCAAUCCCUUCUCUCUCCUCCCAAAUUUCCUCCAUUUCCAUCAACCGUCGCCACCUCCUCACCUCACUUUCACUCUCUACUACCACCUAUUUCUCUCUCCUCAGCUCCCAAAUCCCCAUUUUACCCCCGCCUGUCGAUGCCCGCGGUCUCUUCCAAAUGCCACCAUUUCGGCUUAUUAACAGGUAUUUUCUGGUGAGGGCAGGGGAGUCCCAGUACGAAGGAUUGGGGGUGAUCAAUACGAACCCGGUGGCAAAAACAUCGGUCGAUAACGGGUUGUCGGAAAAUGGGAAGAGACAGACAGUGAGGGCUGCUUUGGAACUAAAGAAAAUGGGAGCUUGUGAAGGGAGUUGCUGGAUUUGGCCUUCUAUCACUCAAAGAGCUUACCAGGCUGCUGAGAUUAUUGCUUCUGUUAAUAGAAUUGAUCGUAGCCACAUAGUGCCUGAGUAUAGCUUUCUGGAUGCUCGCGGGCUAGGGGCUUAUGAAGGCAAGGCACUAGAAUCUGUUUCAGAGGUUUAUGCAUCAGAUGGAGUAUCUCCCAACAUAAAGCCGCCUCCUAUUGAUGAUGGAACCCCAAACGAGAGUGUGGGAGAUGUGUUUGUACGCGUAACACAGCUCAUGUCAGUUCUGGAAACUCAAUACUCCGGUGACACAGUCAUCAUCGUGUCUCCAGAUUCUGACAAUUUAUCAGUACUACAAGCUGGUUUAGUUGGACUCGAUCUUCGAAGGCAUAGAGAUCUUUCUUUCAGCCCAGGAGAGGUGAGAUAUGUAGAUGCAAGCAGCAUACCUGAAUACAAGAAACCGACAUCAAAUGUAUAUAAGUGUUACAAUCCACCUAAUUGUAGGUAGAUAGAUUAAUUUUCUGCAAUUUCUGCAUGCUUAUUGUACAUACUUGGUGAAUGCAAAUUGCAAAACCCAGAUGUAUGACAAAUCUUGUUUCUGAGUGUAUCAGAAAGAUUUACAGAGCCAUACAUAUCUA